GCAGGACGAAUGCAGGUCUGAAUUUUUGUUGUAUUUUAUGCCAUAUUUUCUUGAAUUAACGGAUCAGUUCGACCGUGACGAUCUGUAUCAUGGAGAACUCUCUGUUGCAUGCGUCAGCUCGUAGAACAUUAAAAAGGGGUUGAGAAAAGGAGGGGAGUAUCACGAGCUCCUCUCAGUUUCUUGGGCUUCCGUUGAACGGAUCUCGAUUGCUGUUCCUCAGAAAAAGGAUUCCUCGCUUCAUCCCUUACCAAUACAACAUUAAAAGGUCGACCUUUGGUUUAAUUCAAUGAUCAUGCCUUGUUUUUCUUUUCUAUUCAAAAAGAAAGGUCCUUCACGACUGCAACUAAAAUAUCAAGAAUUUGCAGAAAUUGAAAAUGUAAAGAUAUACUCUUACAAUGAAUUAAGGCAUGCAACAGAAGAUUUUAGUCUUGGCAAUAAAAUCGGUGAAGGUGGUUUUGGUUAUGUAUACAAGGGGAAGCUUAAAGAUGGUUCGAUUGUCGCUAUAAAAGUGCUCUCCGCUGAGUCAAAACAAGGAGUACGAGAAUUUUUGAAUGAGCUUAAAGCCAUAUCCACUAUUGCUCAUGAGAAUCUGGUUAAGAUUUAUGGUUGCUGUGUUGAGCAAGAUCAGAGAAUCUUAGUGUACAAUUAUGUUGAGAACAACAGCCUUGCACAAACACUUUUAGGUAAGGGCUACAGUAACAUUCAAUUCACCUGGAGGAUAAGAGCUAAGAUAUGCAUUGGAGUUGCUCGGGGUCUUGCAUUCCUACAUGAGGAAGUUCAACCUCAUAUUAUUCAUCGGGAUAUAAAAGCCAGUAAUGUUCUUCUCGAUAAGGAUCUGACUCCCAAGAUUUCAGACUUUGGUUUGGCAAGGCUCUUGCCAUCAAAUAUGACCCAUAUCAGUACUAGGGUUGCAGGGACAGUAGGCUACUUAGCACCUGAAUAUGCUCUAAGGGGGCAAUUGACAAGGAGGGCAGAUAUUUACAGCUUUGGUGUUCUUCUAUUAGAAAUAGUCAGUGGCAGAUCUAAUGUAAACACAAGAUUGCCAUAUGAAGAUCAACUUCUGCUUGAAAGGACAUGGGCACUAUACGAGCGUGGAGAGCUGGAGCAGAUAGUAGACACUUCCCUGAAUGAUGAUUUUGAUGCUGAGGAGGCAUGCAAGUACUUGAAAGUUGGCCUUCUGUGCACACAAGACAACCCAAAAUUACGUCCCGCAAUGUCUGCUGUCGUCAUGAUGCUGAUCGGCGAGAAGGAUGUCAGCGAGCAGAUCAUGAAGCCUGGGUUAAUAUCAGACUUCAUGGACCUGAAAAUUAAACACCAAAAGGUGAGUGAAGACUUCAUGGACCAGAAAAUUAAACACCAGAAGAUGAGUGUAAACAUGUUCCCUGCUUCUACUUCACUGGAGGCAUCGACUGUGUCAUCAAUGAUGACGACAAACAUGUCAGUGACCUUCACUUCUACAGCUGAUCAUGCCUGAGGCAAAGUGAUGUAUGGCCUUGUGGAUUGGCACUGUGAUACAAAUUUGUUCUUCCAUUUGCUGCAAUAUAUAUGGGUUCUAUCUAAAA